GGACUGUAAAGCAAAAUUGAAGUCAAGACUAGCAUAUCCUAGGACUUCUCAUGUUCAGUCUAGUGGAGGAUCUUCCAUCGAAAAAUCAUUGACAGAAAUUGAAAGAAAAUUUCUCCAAAUACUCAGAAGUGAUUUUGGUCAAGGUUUGCUCGGUAUUCAAAUGGAACCAUUUCCUCAACCUGCAGAAACACCCGAAGUCUUGGAUGCAGUUAUGCAGGAAGAAUCUACAGCUUCAGUGUCCAUUUUAGCCAUGGAACCCAUCCUAGAUCUACCCUUAACUUCUUCACAAAAUGUGGAGCAUGUUUUCAUUCAGUCAACCCACGAACCAUUUAGUGAUAAUCCAACUGAAGCCAGUCGACCAGCUCAAUCUCUUGUUACUACUACUGCAACCCGCUCCUCACGGCGCCGGCGAGGGCGACGCCAGUCUCGCCAGCCGCUGAUGUCCCAGGAGGCUGCGAGGCGUGCCCUCGUUCAAUCUGCACAACUACGCGCUGAAGCUACAGUAAGAAUUGCAGAGUCGUUUGAGCGAAUGGUUCAACUAUCAGACGAGUUCAAAAACACUCUAAGGAGAAUUGAAAGGAUCAUAAGGGCGGCCUUUCCCUCAGACGCUGAACAAGAGAACUCCUCAUAGCUAUACCCUGCUGAUAAACAAUGUAACCGCUGGAUCGUGUCAAUCUGGUCGGCGACUCCACACAAGCAGCCCCCACUGGACUUCACAGAGCUCGAGAGCAACUUCCAAC